AGCGCAACGAACACCACGACACUCCACGCCAUGGGCAAGCGAAAGAAGUCGAGUCGAGGUCCUCAGGGCCCAAAGAAGAGAGAACCUCUCGCGACAACCUUCGCAUGCCUAUUUUGCAACCAUGAGAACUCAAUUACUGUUAAGCUAGACAAGAAACUAGGUGUGGGGAACCUAUCCUGCAAGGUCUGUGGUCAGAGAUUUCAGACUGGUAUAAACUAUCUUUCCGCCGCUGUUGAUGUAUAUUCGGACUGGGUAGACGCUUGCGAUGCAGUCGCAAAAUCCAAAGCCAAUACGUACGACGCUUCGGGAUCACAAGCCGUCUAUUCGCGCGGUUCGGCAGGCCCUGACGCAGAUUUAGAGGAUCCUGUGCACGACGAUCUGUAAUCGACGCUAUCUUUUUUUUUAUCAAUUUGUUCUGUCUCGGUAUGGGAGGGAGUCGGCGUUUGAUCUUUACAUAUUCGACGUAUCUUUAUUCAUAUAAGGAUGCUAUAACGUGGAAGUGAAUUCAUUCUCUUAAAAAAAACUCCAAGUGUCAUUCCAGAAAAGCAUGCAAUUCUAUCCCGUUACAGGGUAUAAUAUCUGUCGCCAAAGUCACCAAGGCCGGGCGUGAUAUAUCUGCGUAGAAACCAUGGUUAGCAUAAAAUUUGGAGAGAUGGAGUAUGGGCAUACUUCUUCUCGUCCAGUCCCUGGUCAAUGAAAG